AUGAAAAGAAGCAGCGAUGCAAUGAAUUCCUCUAUAGAAAUUAGUUCAUACCGAGAUCAGCAUUUUAAGGGAUCAAGAACAGAACAAGAGAAAUUAUUAAGAGCAUCAUCUACACUGUACAUAGGAAAUUUAUCAUUCUACACAACUGAAGAGCAGAUAUAUGAAUUAUUCUCGCGAUGCGGUGAUAUACGAAGAGUAAUAAUGGGAUUGGAUAAAUAUAAAAAAACUCCAUGUGGAUUUUGUUUUCUAGAAUAUUAUACGAGACCAGACGCAGAGGACUGUAUGAGAUAUAUAAAUGGCACAAGACUGGAUGAUAGAAUUAUAAGAUGUGAUUGGGAUGCUGGGUUCGUUGAAGGCAGACAAUAUGGAAGAGGAAAGACUGGUGGACAGGUUCGUGAUGAAUACCGUACUGACUAUGAUGGUGGCCGUGGUGGUUAUGGAAAAAUUAUUGCACAGAAAAUUGUACCAAAUACAUAA